AUGUUGCUGGAUGUGGAAGUUCCAUCUAAAGAAGAAAGAGAGAAAGUAUUCAAUGUGAAUAGUGAUGACUGGAAAAAUGAAAGUUCAGCAAAAAGAGAAGAAGAAAAUUCUGAUGCCUUGACUUCUUCCCUUAAUGCCGGGGCAGGCCUCCUUCCUUUGAUGACAAUCUCAAGAAAGAAGAAAGAGAUCGAGGUGUUAGAGGAAGGAGCCCGAGAGUUGCUCUCUCACUUCAAUCACCAAAAUAUGGAUGCUCUUCUGAAAGUUACAAGGAACACACUAGAGGCCAUCCGCAGGCGCAUUCAAUUCUGCAACAUGACGAGCUUCCGGGACAGUAACAGUGCCUCUAAAGUGAAGCAGAAUGGUCUGCCCAUUUUCCGGGCAAGUGUCACUCUGACCAUCCCCAACAUCAGCAUGGCUCCAGCCCUCGAAGACAUACAGCAGACGCUGAACAAAGCCGUGGAGUGCAUCGUCACUGUCAGCAAGGGGGUUAGACAGUGGAGCGGUGAGCCGGUGUCCAAGAAAAAGAUGCAGGAAAGAAAACCGACUGCCUUGCAGCAUAAUGAAGACAGUGAUUCUGAUACUGAAAUGGGAGAAAAUGAACCUCAAGAUACCCUUGAGAUAGCAUCUGUGAACUUACCCAUUCCCGUGCAAACCAGGAACUAUUAUAAGAAUGUUUCUGACAACAAAGAGAUUGCAAAAUUAGUCUCUGUGCUUAGUACAAUCAUCAGCUCCACCAAAAAGAUACCCUUGAGAUAG